GACGCGUCUCGAUUGUGUCCGCCCUGCCUACCCCGGACUUCGCUGCAGAAUGCGGCCGCGCUCCACACUCGCUCGCGCUUAUAUAACUUUAACGUGCGUGUCAAGCUCGGCGGUCACUUUACACGGGCCGACACUUUUAGAGGAUCCGUCGGACUUACCUGUGGAUUUCUUUUCCUUGCCUCCACCUCCUGCUUCUUAAACGGAGAAAAGUGGUGCGAGGUUUUUUAACUUCGGAUCUCCCCCUUGACCUUGUUUACUUUAGUUCAAAUAGUUGCUACCAAGCGGGGAAUAUUUACUCGUGACUUGAGGACGAGCGUUUUUUUUCUUCCUUUUUUCCAUCCUUUUUUUUGUGUUGCUUUUCCCCUGCAGGAUUGUCUUUUAUUUCACGGCUGCCUCACUCCGACUUUGCGUCGCUCCUCGGUGUUUCUCACUGAGUUUUGACAGGACAUGACCUAAAACGGAGGUCUGCAUCCCUCUCCAAACAGCAGGUAGCAAAAUGGAUCAGGACGUCUUGAAGUGCAACGGUAAUCGAGACGACUGCCUGACUUUCACGGAGUUGGGAAGCGGAGAAUGUAGAGAGGCGGCUGACGCCGCCACCGGUUCCCUGCUCGGCACGCUCCACCCGACCGCCCCAAACGGGGGUGGAACCAAAGACCGACAGGAGCCCGCCGGAAGCUUCUUCGACUCCCACCAGCAGCGUCAGUCCCUGUUCGAAGACACAAAUGGCCGGAAAAUGAUCAGACUCGAAAAAGGGCAGCAGGAUGUCGUUGCGUUUACCAUGGAGGACGAAUUGGCGUUGCUGAGCCAGAAUACUGGAGAUCUGGACAAGGCCUCCACAUCUAUCAUCAACACCCCCAUCUUGGGAAACCUCCCUCUGCCUGACCUUUUCCCCGCUCACAUCAAACAGGAAGGAGACUUCUCCCUGGAUAAAGAAUUGGGAUCUUAUGGCGGACUUCCCUCCGCAACUUCCUGCAAUUUGACAGGCGGCAGUCACCUUAUUGAAGACAGCGAGCUUUGGAAGGACCUGGACCUUCCGGGAUCUCUGCCAGAGAUCGGCGACUUUGACUUGGAUUCCGAAGUCGCUAACUUAGAUAACAUCCUGUACGACGGCGGAAGACCUAUCGGAGGUUUACCAAAAGCCACCCAAGCGCCCAAUGACGGGAACUGUCACAAUGCUAACGGCGGCGGCGGCCAGCAGCAUCACGCCAUGCUCCACCAUCCUCACCAGCAGCAUCACCUUCUGCCGCACCAGCUUCACCACCAGCAUCAGCAACCGCCGUCCCUUCUCUCAAGUGUGGUCAUCAAGGAAGAGAAGGAUCCCGGCCACUCUUUUGCCCACAUUCAUACUCCCGAUGUGGUCAAGCAGGAGAAGCAAGAGCCUCUCUUCUGCCAGUCGCAGUGUCUCCAUGGAGGCAUGAGUUCGGCUCAUUUAGGAGCCCCGAUGUCCUCGUCAAUGAGCGUGGAUGCGGCUGGCUACCCCUGCGGAACCAACAUGGGCCAACAACAGCGCAAGCCCUUCGGCAUGCACUCAAACGUGCCGGCAUUGGGGGAGAGCUGGAUGCGAGCCGACAGGUACGCAGCGGCCCCCGGGAUUCAAAGGGCCAACGAUGGGCUCUCCAACACGGCCAUGUUGACGACGUACCCGCUCAGCUUCUCUAGCUCAACACCCAGAACAGGAGCAGAGUCCAACAGUUCUCCAUCUAAACCCAACGGACAGAGCCACAAAGUGUGUUUGGUGUGUUCGGAUGAAGCCUCCGGAUGCCACUACGGGGUGGUGACGUGCGGCAGCUGCAAGGUUUUCUUCAAGAGGGCCGUGGAAGGAUGGAGAGCACGACAAAAGAGUGAUGGUCAGCACAACUACUUGUGCGCAGGCAGAAACGACUGCAUCAUCGAUAAGAUCCGCAGGAAAAAUUGUCCAGCCUGCCGCUUCCGCAAAUGCCUUCAGGCUGGAAUGAAUCUGGAAGCGAGGAAGAACAAGAAGCUAAAGAGGAGAGAGCAGCAGGGCCUCACAGUGGCGGAGCCCGUCCCCGCCAUGCCCGUGGCGGUCAUCCCCGCCUACAUGCCCCAGUUGGUGCCCGCCAUGCUGUCGGUGCUCAAGGCCAUCGAGCCCGAGAUCAUCUACUCGGGCUACGACGUGACGCUGCCCGACACGUCCUCGCGCCUCAUGAGCACGCUCAACAAGCUGGGCGGGCAGCAGGUCAUCUCCGCCGUCAAGUGGGCCAAGUCGCUGCCAGGCUUCCGUAACUUGCACCUGGAUGACCAGAUGACAUUGCUGCAGUGUUCGUGGCUCUUCCUCAUGUCCUUCAGUCUGGGCUGGAGGUCGUACCAGCAGUGCAACGGGAGGAUGCUCUGCUUCGCCCCCGACCUCAUCAUCAACCAAGACCGCAUGAAGCUCCCCUACAUGUCAGAGCAAUGCGAGCAGAUGAUGAAGAUCUGCACGGAGUUUGUGCGGCUGGAUGUUUCCUACGACGAGUACCUGUGUAUGAAAGUCCUGCUGCUGCUCAGCACAGUGCCUAAAGACGGGCUGAAGAGUCAGGCGGUGUUCGAUGAGAUCCGCAUGACGUACAUUAAGGAGCUGGGGAAAGCCAUUGUCAAACGAGAGGAGAACACCAGCCAGAACUGGCAACGCUUCUACCAGCUCACUAAGCUACUGGACUCCAUGCAGGGGAUGGUAGAGGACCUUCUUCAGAUUUGCUUCUUCACGUUCAUGAACAAGACGCUGAGUGUGGAGUUCCCCGAGAUGCUGGCGGAGAUCAUCACCAACCAGAUACCAAAAGUCAAAGACGGCAGCGUCAAGCAGCUGCUCUUUCAUCAGAAGUGAGAAUCGUCGGGUGUCCAGCCAUGCCUUAAAACCCUCCCCACCGAUCGCCCCCUCCCUCCGCACCGACUCGCCACUUUACCACAUCCAGCGCCACAUCCUCGCUCAGGUUUGGCUUCUAAAUUUGAAUCUUUAGAGGAAAUGUAUGUUUUGCUCCCUCCUCUCAAUUUGGUGGUUACACGCUAACCCCAUUCACAUCCCGAUCACGCUCUCAAUCAUCCACCGCCGACCCUCAGAAUGUAAUGUUGAGUGAAAUAUUUUUCUUAUAUGUGAUAGUAUACCUGAGCUGCUUUCAGCUUGUAACAAGCGACAAAACUCAGCACCUAAAAAAAAAAAUCUCAGCUACUGAAAAAAACAUCUAUAUAUAUUUUCCUCUUGUUGUAUUGCACACACUUGCGCUUUUAAGUCCAUUUAGCAACAGUACGUACAAGUGAGAAGGGAAAUCAGUGCCUUUCAGCUCAAAUUCAUAGCUGCUCAAUCUUAGUGGGAUUUUUUUUUUGUGGGGGGGUAUUUUGUUUUUACAUGCUCAACUUUGCCCUCAACAUUUCGCAGCAUGAAAACAUUCUUGAGUGAGAAGAAAAAAAAAAAUCAUGUACACAAUCAGUUUUGGAAAAGUUUGCCAUGUUGUAAUCUCAUUGAAAAAGUGUCGAAAUUCCAAGAAUGAAGU